AAGCCAAGUCACUACCUUAAAUUACACUCACUUCACCAUGGGAAUGAUUUGAGUGUUUGAUUUCCCCAAAUAUCAGGUUUCGAUUCGGUAAUGUUUACUUCAGUGAAUUUGCCUUCAAUCCACUGAUUCUCAUUUCAAAUUUAAAUCCAUAAUCGAGCAGGUGGCGAGGAAAAUGGAGAGGAACUACUCCUGCAAUCAGAAACCCAGCCGCACUGCACACUGCACAAGAUGGUCUUCUCUUUCAAGUGACACGAAAAGCUCCAGAAAUACGAGGCUCCUCAGGAUCUCAAGUCAUUUCCGAAUUGUUUCAGAAGAGCAACCUCUCCUUCACAAGAAUAAGAAGCGGCGCAACAGAGUCCGAGGUUUUGUUGGUCCUGGAGCCUUCCUCACUGAAGAUGAAGUGGACGGUUACACAAUGGCAGAAAACACAGAGCAGAAUUUCGUUGUGGAUCACUCUGAAGAAUUGAACGGCACCGAUACACGAGAUCUGGUCACAAUGUUGGAAAUGAACUCCGCUGGAUUGAAAACACGUUCUCCUGAAGCUCAGUCUACAGAUGUGUUUCUGCAUCUGGAUGGUCCGUGUGAACUUACUGUUGAUCGCCUGCAAGAGUUUGUGUUGUGCCCAGCAGGGCGAUCCACUAUCAUUCAAUGCAGGAUCAAGAGACGGAAACAAUUAUUGCGGACAACUUACUACCUGUAUUUGGAAAGAGAAGGUGGUGAACAAAUAUUGCUCUUGACUGCACAGAAAAGAAAGAAAAGCAAGACUUCCAAUUACGUCAUCUCAACCGAUCCCACAGAUCAAACAAAGAAAGGAGCCGGAUUUGUCGGAAAGUUACGAGCUAAUGCACUGGGGACUGCUUUCACUCUGUACGACAAAGGCCAAAAGCCUGUAAGAACUGGCCUGCUUUCCAGGGACCAGAUUCGCCAGGAACUCGCUGCAAUAUGCUAUGAUGUAAAUUUGUUUGGAUUCCAAGGACCUCGAAAAAUCACUGUGAUCCUUCCGGGAAUGGAUGAGACGAGAAAGCGGAUUGUAGUCCAACCUUGGGAUGCUAGCGAGAGCAUUCUCAGCAAGUGGCAAGCGCAGUAUCGACACGGGCUCCUGGAGCUCCAGAAUAAUCCUCCCAUAUGGAACAACAAGAUCAAACGAUUCACCCUCAACUUCCGGGGCCGGGUUAAGAAACCAUCGGUGAAAAACUUCCAGAUAAUUCAGAGCUCAGAACCAAAUAAUAUUCUGAUGCAAUUUGGAAAAGUUGCUGAGAAUGAAUUUAGUAUGGACUAUCGUUAUCCUUUCUGUGUUCUCCAAGCCUUCGCCAUUGUCCUGUCCAAUUUUGAUUCCAAGCUGCUGUGCGACUGAAGUGGACUCUAAAUAUAGCAGCAAUUUCCGAUCUUCACUGAAAGGCAGCGUUUUACAAUUUACCGACAUGUGGCUCUAAAACUUGGCAAUUUCUAUUGGACUCCAAAUCUCAAAUGGAGAUUCCUUCUGGUAAGUGGAAUUAGACACAAUUAACCACAAGAACUUUGCUCCGACUCUGCAAUCUGUUUACGGAGCGGUAUUCGCAUGGGUCUGUGUGCCGCACUUUUGGUUAUCUCACCAUUUGCCACCUAGGCCUUUUCUAAGGAAUGCCAUUGGGAAUCAGCACAGAUUAGACCAUGGUAAACACUCAACUGCAGUCAUUCACUUCAUGAUCUUCAUGCAAUCCUGUGAAAAAAGCAAUUGAUGAGCUUCCUUGAUCGGCAAGUGCACUUCUUGGUUAAGUAUCUGAGCUGGAUUUUGGUUCCAUGUCCCUGAGCUAUGAUGAUUUUUGUUGCCCGGGGUCAUAUGGAUGGAAUGGAUACUUCGAUAAUUGGGACCGCUACUGCUUAUGGACUGUAUCCCAAUCACAAGUCAGCGCCUUGGUAGGAGAAGUGGAGAAAAUUUAAACAAACCUUUGGGAACCACUCACCGUGGCAAAUUGUGUAAAUGCUGCCGUGGACUGUCAAUUACAUUGUCAGAAGUGAGAAAGCCAUGAGGCUAGAGCAAGCGGUGAGGUGACCGUCUGCAGCACAAAUCGAAGAGAGUGUUGAAAAAUACAGUCACAAUCAUUUGGUAUCAAGAAUCUCCUUCAAAAGGAUUCUCCUUAACCAGUUGACCUCUGCUCUGAAAGUAGAUGCUGAGUUAUUCUGGUCAGUGUGUUGUGUCUCCGCUUAGUGAAAAAAGUUCCCAUGUUCCCAAUUCAGAUUCCUCAUGAAAUUUGGAAAUUGAACAUAUUUGACCCCUGUAUGUGAGUCUGCAGAGAGGGGGGAGAAUUUUAUCUGGAGGAUUGUUGGCCAGGACAUUCAGGAGAAACUCUUCUCUUUUCAAAUAGUGCCAUAGGAUCGUUAACAUCCACCCAAAAAGGCAAAUGAGACCUGGGUUUAAUGUUUCAUCCGAAAGACAGCACCUCUGACAAUUCAGCACUCAACCAGAACUUUAUAGGUUCACCGUUUCUAAAGAAUUAGAACGUAAAAUAAAAUCUUAAUAAUCUCUGAUGAGCCAGCACUGUAGUUGAACCUUUGACACUUCAGUAAUAUUGUCAUUUGAACUGCGUUAACUCAGCUGCUUAAAACUUGCUGAUUUAACUCUUUACUCAUCGCUCUUAAAUAACCAAAGUAACUCAUACUUUGAACUCAGUCUAAGCUGACACUCCAACAAAGUGCUAGGAGCGCACUGCAUUGCCAGAGACGCCGUCCUUUGGGCGAGAUGUUAAACCCAGGUCAUGUAUGCUUGUUGAGAUGGAUGUUAAAGAUUCUAUAGCAUUAUUGGAAAAGAGAAAGGAGUUCUCCCGAAUUUAUUGACCAACAAUCCCCCAGAUAAAAUUGGUCCUCCACUUCAUGGCUGUUUGUGGGACGUUGCUGUGUACAAAUUGGCUGCUGCGUUCGCCAACAAAAUACACAAUCUCUGCUUUACAAUAAAAUCCUGCAUUGAGACAUCCUUCUGCUGUGAAAGCUGCUGUAUCAAAGGCAAGGGUUGGUAUAUAAUUAUUAAUAAUAGCAAUAAACAGGA